AUGGAUGCUAGUGAUUUGGUCGAUUUCCUGCUGAAAGAUGACGAUACUCCUUUGACUGUGUGCUAUGAGAUGCCGCAAUUACCAUGGCAAACUACAGAACCGGUCAAGAGAGAUCAUUCGAGAGGAACAAUCGUACGAAGAAAGCAAUGUUUAGAUUUGUCUCUGGCAGAAACGGCCGAGCUGCUUGAAGAUUUGGAGCAGCUGAUAACACGUCCUCGUAAGCAGCAAGAUGUUGAAAUUACCGUGAAGGAUCAUAACUGGGGAAAAGAGCAAGGCUGGCCUGCUAACAAUGAACAGGCUGCAAAGAAGUGUGGCAAAGAGGAAAAGGCCCGUUCUAAGUCCAAGAAACAUCGAUCCCACUUACACCACGAUCCAAACAUCGAUGUUGAACAUCGUCUUAGACAACUGGAGGAGAAGACAAAGACGUCAGACAGUGAUAGAUCGAAGAAGAAGUCUAAGAAAUAUAGGAAUGAGGCGAAAAUCUCAGAAUUUGAUCCAUGUGGCGAAGAGGCUGAUCCUGCAGAGAUUCGAGCUAUAAUCAAAGCUCAGCACAUUGCAAAGAAGGAUAGAGAUCACAACGUGUCUCAAAUUAGGGAUUUGCAGAAUAGUCAUCAUAAAGAAAAUGGUAAGGAUAAGGAGCCGAAAAUGUCUAAGAAGAAGAAGCACAAGGCAGAAUUGGAGGUUGGUACCGCCGCUGAUGACCAAAGCCAGGAGGUAACGCCGACCUCUACUAAGAAGACUAGAAAGAAGAAGAAGAAGAAGGAACCAGAAGAGAAGCAAGGUAAGGAUGAAAGCAAGAAUGAAAGAGGAAACGAACGAAAGAAUGAAAGUAAAAAUGAAACCAAAACGCUGAAAGACAUUGAAAUUGGAAGCAAGGCGGGGAAGAAGGAGACUAAGAACGAGAAGAAAAAAGACAUCAAAGAUCUAGAUCAUCAUUUCAACGAAGAGGUCAAGAACAAGUCCAGUGGUAACGCAACAAGACCCAAAAGAAAAUUCAAAAGGCGUGAAGCUGCUGAGAAGGAUCAUCUAACAAUCCAACACUCAAAGUAG